AUGUGGGAAAUCAUAUUUCAUUUGUCUCUGGCUCAGUGUGUCUUUAUAACACAAGUCUUCUCUGGCUGUUCACAGAUCCUGAAAGACAAGACUGAUGAUGCCAAUAAGACUGAUGAUGAUGCCAGUAAGAUUGAUGAUGUCAGCAGCAAUGACUCCCAGCCCCAGUGUGAGCUCAACAAGCCUGUCGAUGUCCACGCCGACUUCAGCAAACUGCUGAGUGAACUCAACAAGAACGAUGCUCCGUAUGCCCUCAGUCUUGCCAACAGGCUGUAUGGGGAGAAGUCUUACCAGUUUAUUGAGGAGUUUUUAGCAGACAUCAAAAAGGAAUACAAAGCUGAGCUUGAGUCAGUGGACUUCAAAAGCAGCGCAGAGGAGGUCAGGGUCAACAUCAGUGAAUGGGUGGAGAAGCAGACACAAGGUAAAAUCAAGGACUUGCUGGGGAAGAACGCGGUGGACGGUCUGACCAGGCUGGUACUGGUCAAUGCCAUCUACUUUAAAGGCAACUGGAACCAGAAGUUCAACGAGAAGGAUACUGCUGAUGCAGCCUUUAAAAUAAACAAGAAUGAUACUAAGGAGGUGAAGAUGAUGCGGCUGACCAGUACAUUUCCUGUCGCUGUCAUUCCAGAGCUCAACUGUCGGGUGCUUGAGAUGCCCUACAAAGGAAAGGACCUCAGCAUGCUCAUCUUCCUGCCUGAUCAGAUAGAGGAUGAUUCAACAGGUUUGGAGAAGCUUGAGAGCAAGCUGACCUAUGAGAAGUUUGUGGAGUGGACUAGUCCAGUCACGAAGAAUGAAAUUGAGGUCCAGGUGAGCCUGCCUCGAUUCAAGUUGGAGGAGAAGUACGACAUGAAGGAUGUCCUGGUCAGCAUGGGCAUGGUGGAUGCCUUUGACACUGCAAAGAGUGACUUCUCUGGAAUGUCUUCAGCAAACGACCUGGUACUGUCUAAAGUCGUCCACAAAGCCUUUGUGGAUGUGAACGAGGAAGGAACUGAGGCUGCAGCUGCCACUGGGGGUGUCGUAUCAACCUUGUCUCUUCCUGAAAUGUUCACAGCAGACCACCCCUUCCUCUUCUUCAUCCGACAUAACCCCAGCAGCACUAUUCUCUUUGCCGGUAAAUUCUGCUCCCCUAUGUGAGCACUGCAGCAUAAAUUUUGCGGCUUCCUGCUUCCUUAAAACGUGUCUGUGUCCAGUUUAUAUAUUCAAUUUAUAUAUUAUUGUACAUCUGUCUGUAUCAGCUCAAAUUCUCUGGACUGACUACAGUGCAGGUGUAUUUUAUAGUGAUGGAUGGCAUUUAGUGAAAACUCCUGUGUCUUUUGCUCAUGACAGUCAGUGUUAUAAAAACACGGUUGUUUUACAGUUUUUGACCAGUUGUCAAAAUUCCAUGUCACGCCCUUGUGCCUGUCUUUUGUUGCUUUCGUACCUGCAUUGAAGUAUCUCAAGAAGAUUUUGUCAGCCAGUGAAUCCAGACUAUUGCUAUGUCCAUAAAAAUGCAAUAAAGGAGUGUUGGUUGAAAGCG